GGAUCGAGGUGUCCGUUCAGUCAGUUCUCGGACGUCGAUCGGUAAACCGCGUGCCGCCUGGAUCCUACCGAGCGCCAGGCACGCUAUCGAUCUUUGCCGCUGAAAAGAUCUCGUAUUGCUUCAAGUGGAAAUGAGAUAAUACCGCGGAAGUGUACGAAGAAAUCGGUUAGAUAAGCGGAAAAUAUUUCAAAAAAAUCGAUGUCAAGUGCCGAGAUUUAAGAUUUACUUAGAAAUUAUUCUUCAACUGAAAAGAAAAACCCGACAAUUUGGUUAGGUGAUUAAGCACGAGCGAGCGUGUGUAUGUGUGUGCAUGUGCAUCCGCGGAUAAUCGUUCGACGAUAAUCAAUCGACCGUUGUACUAUACGGUCUUCGGUAAUUCACGAGAGAGAAAGAGAGCCGAUCGCGCACGUGGCCGCCGCCGCCGCCGCGACAGCGAGGAUCUACGAAUUUCCAACGCGUGUUUCGGAUCGCGGGACCCAGCAGGACUUUCCGGAUGACUUAAUGCUCACAUCGGGACAUCGGUGAUUGAUGACACGUGCAACUCGUGCGAAGAGAUCGCUGAAUAAGGUCGGUGCGCGCUCGUCGGUGAGAGAUAACGAUAUAGCGAGUGAUCAUCGGAGAAUGGCCCGAUAAUGCAUCGCUAGUCUCGAUUCCAUAAUUCUUUGGAUUUAUCUGUCUCGUAAAACUGGCUAAUUAAACACAAGGGGACAGAAGAAGAGGGAAAUAGAGAAAUCUUCAAUCGAAACCGGCAUCGGUCAAGCAAAUACAACGCCCGCGUUACACGGAAGACUUAUCGGCGAGUGCAACCAGGGUGUGACGCGAUAAAUGUGUAAGAUCUACUAUGAUAUCGAGCGACGAAAGAGUAGCGAAAGCGCCUGUCUCGCCUAAAUGUCGCCGAGACGAGUGUCGCAUGGUAGCGUAAUAUCCUGGCGUUGGUGCAUCCGGAGCACGAGUCGAAUUACCAUUUCCAUUUGCAAAGUUCAAUAAUUGAAAAAUCCAAAGUUCGAUUAUGCUGAACGCAAAGUGCCCGACACGCAUUAAUUUAAAGUUUGACGCAAUAUAAAUCCCGAGCGCGAGGCUCGAGCGCAUUUACGAUCGACUCGGUAGACUUUGAUAAGGCGCAAUUCUACCGUUCAGGAUGCAACUCAUUCGCGUCUGCGUCCUUUUCGUAUAUUUACUGACGCCAAUUGCGUGCUGGAAUGACGUGAUACCCACCAUAUAUCCUAUCCCAUUGCAAAAUGAGACCGCAGUGCCGGAGGAAUACAGGCAUCUGCCGUUGGUGGGAAAAUGUUGCUCCUUAGGCGAGGUCCUCGCAAAAGAUACGGACGGGAAUACCGUUUGUGCCGCUUCAAACGACUCGUCGGCGAUGUAUUUCUCACCUUUCUUCUGCGACUUCAAUGAAACCGGCGCGCUGGUGCCCGGUGACGAAUAUAAGACAUUCGCCGCUAUCGUGGGAAAUCCCUGUGAUCGAAAGUAUAUGCUAUUCCCGGAGGAAAGCAAGGACGAUGUGUAUUAUUUAUUGACGAAUGGUUCCCUCUUCGCGCCGCGAAUCGAUCAUGUACCACUUAUGCUGAUGCCCGGUGAAAAUUACUGUAUGGAGGUUGUGCCAGAGUUGGGACUUAGGGCACUCGUCUGUUUUCAAGACUUCGCUGCCCCGACCGCGGAUGCGCGGGUCACCGUUUACGCCUGCGGGCUCCUGAUCUCAGUUCCCUUUUUGAUACUCACCAUUGCGGCAUAUGCAAUUACACCGAGGUUGAGGGACGUGCACGGCAAAGCCCUUUGCCACUAUUGCGGUUGCUUGGCACUGGCCUUCACUACUUUGGCUAUUACGCAACUCGCGAGUGCACAAUUACCGCCUCAAGCCUGCGUUAGCAUAGCAUUCGUCAUCCAGUUCUCGUUCGUGGCCUGCUUCUUCUGGCUGAACGUGAUGUGCAUCGAAACAUGGUUGUUGAUACGCCAUCACGUGAAGCAGCGCGCGUACAGGAGAAUCCAGCCUAAAACGUUGUUUUUCUACUACUCGAUAUGGGCCUGGGGCCUCCCGGCGAUCCUCAUUCUCGUCUCGAUGGCGAUGGAUCUCAGUCCUACAAUACCCAUGACCUAUGUCAAGCCCGCUUUCGGUAGCGAGAGUUGUUGGUUUAAGUCCGACGCGGAAGCUAUGCCGUAUUUCUAUGUGCCGGUCGGUUUCCUUCUACUGGUGAACAUGAUCCUCUUCAUAAUCACCGCUGUCAGGAUCAGCCGGUAUCAGCAGGAGCUCGCGCUGAGACGCUUGGCGAGGAACCAGCAUUCCGAUCGAGAGGAUCAAAGGCUCUUCCGCAGGCUCAAGCGGAUCUUCAUCGUUUGCCUCGUGCUCUUCUUUCUGAUGGGUCUCAACUGGAUGAUGGAAUUAAUCUCCUGGUCGGUCGGCGGCGAUCCUUUCGACUGGACGGCGUUUGAUUUGGUAAACGCACUCCAGGGUGUCCUCAUCUUCGGCCUGUUCGUUCUGAGAAGACCUAUCAGAGACUUGGUCUGGCAUCGAAUACAGAAGAUACGGGGGAUAGACACCACGGAACUGGACGUCGGAAGCAUGGACCUAGCGCUAUUGCCCGUAAUAAACGGCGAUAUUCCAGACAGAUCGUUCAAUCAUUCUUAGAAAGGAAUUCUUAGAGAAAGACAUAGAUUGAUCUUUUUUUGAACGAGAGUGGACUUUGCAUUUAAUGUAGGUAAUUGGUCGAAGUGAUAUCGGCCGUGAAUUUGAAACGAUCGAUAAACCGAUAAACCGAUGAACCGGCAGAAGGAAGGAGCCGGGCUGCAUGGUCUCACGACGACGAUAAAAGUUAUUUUAACUUCGCUGUAUGCAACGGAACGGCCUUCUCGUCGCUCACGUGAAGAGACAUGAAAUAUAUUAUUCAUGCAGUUUUGUCGCGAACCACUCGAGGAACCUAUUCAAGUUAGCACGGAAUUAGCCCGCGAGAUCCAACGCGCGGAACUUCCGCCCGAAGGAGAUUAUUUAUAUUUAACUGAACCGUAAUCGUUAUAAAUAAUAGUUCUAGUCUCUUUGCAGUAUAUCUGUUAUCGUAAUUAUCAGUGCAAGUGGCGUAUUUUAAUUUCGAGUAAAAUACAUCCACAGAGGGAACUUGCAACGUGACUUCGCGCGUGUUGAAUUGCAGUUAAAUCGCGGCAUUGUGAAAAUAUACUUUUUUCUGCAAGGUAACGCGUUACACAACGCAUUAUUCGACCGCUUCCAUGAAAUAUAGCGCAUAUUACGUCGCGAAGUUUCUGGGCGAAUUAUACAACGUGAGGAAACGGAUAAACCUCACUCAAGGAUCUCAAGUGAUAAGAACGCAAUUGGCGCGCAAGUGUGAGAACCGGCUGUAAUCGAUGUUCAUCAAAAAUGCGACUACUUGUUAAUAAUAAAUAUGCAUCAUAAGUUGCAAUCCUGCGACGGUACUUAUAGUUCUUCAAAUGUCGCAAGUCAAUGUUCACAUCGAUAACCUAGCAUUUAUACCUUCGUACUUACGUGUCGCUUACUGUUAAAAGACACAAUAACGUGUACAAUAAUAAUAUUGUGCGAAACAUUUAUCUCGCGAAUCCAGCAUGAUACAUUACGUUAAUAUUACAAGUUCAAACAAAAUCGCAGAAUACUAAAUAGGAUACAUCAAAACAUAUUUGUACACAACUAUAAGUUUGUGAUGUAUUAAUAUUGCAUAUUGUAACUGGAUUCAGAAUGAAGAACAGGUUUUAUACAAUACUAACAAUAUUAUUGUCGUACCGCGUUGUUGAAGCUAGCGUGUUAUUUAUUGUCGUGGCAAGCAUUAAUUUAUUGAAUAAAUUACACGACGAGACAAAUGAGUCAAAACAAAUAAAAAAUAUUAAUAUCCUUUAUUUUUGCGUUCCCUUUGAAACCAUAAUGUACAUUUGUUCGUUUAAUUUAUUCUGACAGCGCUUUCUAUAUAUAUAUAUAUAUAUAUAUAUAUAUAUAUAUAUAUAUAAUGUGUAUAACAAUGUAAGUUUUUACAAUUCAAGCGUACCUUGCCAGAAUUAAAAUUUUCUGCUAAAAAUUAUGCUAAGAAAACUGUUGUGACAUACAACAGUCGUGAGCGCACACGUACAUAACCCAUUAACACCCAGU